GUCGGGGUGCGGAGCUUGCCCGGCGGGAGGGCGGCCGUUGGGGCCGUUGUGUCGCCGCCUGCUCCGACCACAGGGCUCCAGAUGGAAGCGGCGCCGGACCCCGGGCCGGGACUCUGCUGUAAGCCGGGCGGCCGGCUGGACAUGAGCCACGGCUUCGUGCACCACAUCCGACGGAACCAGCUCGCCCGGGACGACUAUGAUAAGAAGGUGAAGCAAGCGGCCAAGGAGAAGGCGAGGAGGCGGCACACGCCGGCGCCGACGCGGCCCCGCAAGCCCGACCUGCAGGUGUACCUGCCGCGACACCGAGAUGGCUCUACCCGCCCAAGCAAUCCAGACUGUGAGGAAUCUGGUGAAAGCAGCAGUAGUGGCGGCUCGGAGCCAGAGCCUUCUGGCCAUCAGCUCUUCUGUUUAGAAUAUGAGGCAGACAGCGGAGAGGUCACCUCGGUUAUCGUGUAUCAGGAUGAUGAUCCAGGAAGGGUGAGUGAGGAGGUGUCGGCACACACGCCUCUGGACCCACCCCUGCGAGAGGCCCUCAAGUUGCGCAUCCAGGAGGAGAUUGCAAAGCGCCAGAGCCGACAUUGACCAGGCUGAAGGCAGUCUCGUCAGGCUGGAUUCACUGCCCAGGGAGCUCACCCCUAGUUCGGGGGUGCCAGCACCAGUCUGAACUGAUCUUGAGACACACACACACACACACACACACACACACACAUAUCCCAAGUUCGGGGGUGCCAGCACCAGUCUGAACUGAUCUUGAGACACACACACACACGUACACACACACACACACACACACACACACCCCAAGUUCGGGGGUGCCAACACCAGUCUGAACUGAUCUUGAGACACAGACACACACACACACACACACACACACACACACACCCCAAGCUGACACAUCCAUAGGAAUAGAGGGACAAGCCUGGCCACCUCCUUUGUGGCCAUUCUUUCUUAUAUCUGGGCCCAUUUGUAUCUGGAAUUUGAAAACUUUGAUUGGCUGCCUUGGUGUCCUGGAAGCAGAGAUUCCAGGGAGAGCUGAGGUUCCUCAUAGCUUGUGCUAACAUGCUGCUUUCUUACUGAGGUCACAUGCCAUGGGACACCUAGCCGCUGCGCCCCACCCAGCUCAGUGAGCCGUGUUUGUUUCUUUAUGGUUCCUUUGUUCCUUGCUUCUGCUCACUUCCAUCCACAUUUUCCUAGAUCUUUUCUUCAGCUGUUUCUUUGUUCUUUCCAUUCUCUCCUCUCUUGAUCUCAGAAUCCAUCAGUUCCACCCCACGUCCCAACAUAACUGCACCUCCCAAUUGCUCGGGACUGUGGAGGUGGGGAGUUAUCAGUCAAGUAGGAGAUUUUCAUUUUUAAGGCGGAAAGCAUGUCUCCCUCCCCUUCCAUGGCUUUUGCAGGUUUCUCUCAACACCCCCUGCCUUGCACCGUCUAGAUAGAGCUAGAAGACAAUGUCAGAACUAAACUGCAAGGGUUUCCUGCAGCACAACCUGCCUUGCAUAUGGCUACAGGACUCUAGUUUUUAGCCUCCCCAGCUGUGAAGAGACCAUCCUCUGCUCAGGCUAGAGAGGGAUCAACAAAACAAGCUUGAAACGACUCUCCUAAUGUGACAUAAGUCUUGAAUGUCCAUACAAAGGGAAAUUCAACAUAAGCAAUAAUUGCCUAUUUGGAACCCUAGUUGAAAAAAAAAGAGAAAGGAAAAGAAAAAGAAUAAAAGGCACAAAGAAAGGGCUGUGAAAUGAGCCUCUCUCAUCUUCCUCUGCCCCAUUCUUUUUCCUUUCCUAUCUCCGAAGAGUAUAUAAACUGAGAUACUUAGAAUAAAGAUCCUAGGAAUAUCACUGCUUUCAUCUCAGUGAACAUUUUCCCUAAUGCAGGGUUAGGCUGAGCUCUGAGAAGUCCACAAGACAUCCUGUGCAGAGGAGUUCCAAGCCACUUGAGAUUUCCAGCAACUGACCUAACCUCAGUGACUUGAAGUACGGGGUUUCAGUGAGCCCACGAACACUCUGGAUUUCUUGAAACCAAAGUUUCCCCCCACCCCCCGCUCCAGGGGUUUCUCUACAUCAGGGUCUCAAGAUUAGUCUGGCAUUUCCAUCUCAGCACCUUUUCUCUUAAAGGACACCUGAAGGCACUCACUGUUGGUUUGUGCCUACACCCCUGAAAAAUCUACCGCCUCUGGAAUGGGGCAAGGCAGCUACUUAAACUACAUCAUCAGAAUCUAGCAAGCUGCAGCUUGCAGUACCAGAGGAAUCCUGGGAAGGUGAGUGAGGUGGAUAAGUGAGGCCAAGGACCAGAAUGUUCCUGACCCACAGAGCUGGCCUAAGGUUAAAUGCCUUAAACUUGCCAGUCCUAGGCUCAGUUCUACUUUCAGAGGAGAAAGUCUGCCUUCUACUUACUCAGCCAGGCUAGAAGUGCCUUCUGACUUGUAAUGUUAAACACCCUCCAGAGCCUCCUGGGUCAGGGAGGCUGUGCCACACUCUAGCCCCAAUCUUCCUGCAGCUCAGAGGACUGGGGAUUUUAGUCUUCCAGCUCUUCAACUGAUCUUCCGACUUGGACAUGGGAUUUCACUGGAACUCUUAGGCUUCCUAGUCUGGAAAUACUUUUUGGGUCUGUCUUCUCACAACUGGAUGGCCUCUUUCAUGGAUUUAUUACAGAAUUUAGAAACAAGACCAGAAGAAGAGGUUGGGGGCAUGGGACCUGAAAUUUUAGCCUCCAUUCCUGUUUGUAAGAAGGGAAGUGUGUACCUAUUGUGACCUUUUAUGUGUUUGUAAUGUAAUCCUCACACUCUCAGGUAAGAAACUCACGGGAACUCCAUGUUUGUGAGCUUUUUUCUUGAGGCAUUUUGCUUAUCAAGUGCAUAUAAAAUAUUUUCCACCCUAAGAAGCAUCCUAAUUCUUAGCUAAUUUAAGCACCACGACUAGAAACCACUAACCAUGGUACUUCAACGCAAGGUUGUCCUCUCAGGGAGGCCUGUUGGUGAUGCUGCUACCACUGCUCCAGCUGUGCCUCAAAUGCUUCCCUGGGAGUGGCCGUCAGCCAGCUGGCAGCCUUCUAGCUCAGGCUCCUCGCUUAUUGCCACCCCUCAGCAGGGCUCCAAGACGGCGCUGGCACCAUCCAGUUUCUUCACCAGACUUGCCUCCAGACAUCUUCCAGCUGUUUGCAAAACUCGGUGCUUUGCCAUCAAGGAGCGUGUUCCAGAGCAUUUCCCGUAGGCUCUCCAGAUAUCACAGAGAGGUCUGCCCUGUGCUAUUUGGUACAGUGGCAACCGUGUCAGACUAACUGGAGCUUUCUGGCAGGCUGCUUCAGAAUCUACUCACUUGACUAGAUACUUUCUUGGCUGUCAGAAAGAAGUCUGGUAGCCUUAAGACCUAUCUCAUGCCCUUGAAUGUUCUUACUGAAGGUAGGCAUUGGAUUUUAAGGCUUUGUAUUUCCUGGGCCAUGAUCGUUGAUAUUAUAAAUAGAAGGAAUCUGGGGUUCUUAGGGGCUUUCGGCUGUUUAAGAGUAAACACUAAAGUUUGCAUUCUAGCCAGUUGGCAAGCAUAGAAGUCUUUGAAGAAUGUGAUGCAAGAACAGAAAAGAAGUAAAGCUUUUUGUACUGAGAGUAGGAGUCUGUGGAGCUUGGCCAGCCACUAGGACCAACGUGGGCAAUAACAAAUGCUUCUCCUUGUGGAUGAGACUCUGAAAAGGGCAUUCCACCUCCAUGAUCCACUCUGCAAGGCACUGCCAACCUGAGAUCAGCCCGUGGGGCUGGAAGAAACCUUUUGGCGUAGUGACUGUCCAACCUGCUGUGCAUUUGCCAGGAUGCAUGCAUGGUAGAGUAGCGGAUCCGCAGCCCAUUCCCAAGUGUAAAUGAGGCCCUUGCACAGAGAAAGGGGAAGGAGGACAAUUGUUUUCCUACCUCUGAGCCUUCUGGGAGAAUCAGCACAGAAUGUUGACAAUUAUUUGAAACAUCUUAAGCCCCCUCAUUGAAUUCCUGUCCUGUCUCUGAGGAAUCAGAUAGCCAAAAAGCCAUAGGCACGUACCCCACAUUUCUCCAGUAGCUAGAGUGACACUAGAAGUAAAAACCUGAGUAAAUGGCUCCUUUGCCUACUCAGAGGCACCAGAUGAGAGGUUGGUUUUACUGGUUUGAGUUGUGGUGUUAAAUGUGUAACAAGCCAUAUAUUCUUCUGUUUCCACAUUUCCAAUGUUUCUGCUGUGUGGACUAAUGAAGUGUGCAAAUUAUUUGAAAAUCCUGGAAGGAAGGUACUUUUCAAAAACAGUAUUCUUUUUGAGCAAUAAACUUAACUAUUUUUACAGCA